ACGCUCGCUCGUCGACCCGAAUGAAUGGGAAUUGUAUGAUUGCUCAUCCUUCAGAUCCAAGAAAAGGCGCGCGCUCCCUGUGACCACCUCACGAACUCCGUGGCUAUAAGACUCGCCGGGCCAUAACACUGAACUGAUCGAGUCACAUGCUAGCGUGCGUGUGCGUGUGCAACGGCUAUACCACCUGCGCGACCCACCGCGAGCGCCCGCAGCUAAGCUAGCUCUCGCUCGCGCGCUCUGGGAGAGGAGAGAUCAAUGGCGUCCCGUGGCAGCAUGACCUGUAGUCUUCAGCUCGCCGUCCUCGUUUCCGCCGCCAUCGCGCUCGGGUUCGGCGUCCGGGCCGGCGAGGCGCAGCUGUCCAGCGAGUACUACGGCCAGACGUGCCCCGUCGUGCACCGGGUCGCGCGGCGGGUGCUGAAGAAGGCGCACGAGGCCGACGUCCGCAUCUACGCCAGCCUCACCCGCCUCCAUUUCCACGACUGCUUCGUGCAAGGCUGCGACGGCUCCAUCCUGCUGGACAACAGCUCGAGCAUCGUGUCGGAGAAGUUCGCCACGCCCAACAACAACUCGGCGCGCGGGUACCCCGUGGUCGACGCCGUCAAGGCGGCGCUGGAGGAGGCUUGCCCAGGCGUUGUCUCCUGCGCUGACAUACUGGCCAUCGCCGCCAAGAUCUCGGUCGAACUGUCCGGCGGGCCAAGGUGGCGCGUGCCUCUCGGCCGGCGCGACGGCACCACGGCCAACAUCACCGCCGCCAACAACCUCCCGAGCCCCUUCGACAACCUCACUACGCUCCAGCAGAAGUUCGGCGCCGUCGGCCUCGACGACACCGACCUCGUCGCGCUCUCAGGGGCGCACACGUUCGGGCGCGUGCAGUGCCAGUUCGUGACGGCGCGGCUGUACAACUUCAGCGGGACGAACCGGCCGGACCCGACGCUGGACAGGGGGUACCGGGCGUUCCUCUCCCUGCGGUGCCCGAGGGCCGGCAACGCGUCGGCGCUCAACGACCUCGACCCGACCACGCCGGACACCUUCGACAACAAUUACUACACCAACAUCGAGGCGCGCCGUGGGACGCUGCAGUCCGACCAGGAGCUGCUGUCGACGCCCGGCGCGCCCACGGCGCCGAUCGUCGGACGGUUCGCCGCCAGCCAGAAGGAGUUCUUCAGGAGCUUCGCCAGGUCCAUGGUCAACAUGGGGAACAUCCAGGUGCUGACGGGGAGUCAGGGUGAGAUCAGGAAGAACUGUAGGAUGGUCAACGGAAGCUAGACCCGUCGACGGCACAAGUUACUGGUGAACUGAAAGCAGUUCUGCUGUAUGUACGAUGCCUCAAACAUGUUGAUGGGAUAAUGGUGCGCCGAUCGAUUUAUUUGUCAAGGAGAUCCAAUAAAUUGGUUUUUUGCAUUUUUUUUUCAACAAAUAUAUACAUGUACUAAAGGUCCGUUUGACAGAGCCAUUCAGCUCUAGUUUCACUAGAAAGUAGUAUUUUUUAGAGCUGAAGUCA